AUGUUAACUUUUAGUGGUAGAUCAACACCUUUCAAUAAUCUGCAUAGCUCACAGACAUCCAGCAAUAUCUUGUCCACUGGGUUUUAUUCCAGAGAAUUGUCCACAGAUUUGACUGAGUCAAUAGAUGAUUUAUUUAGACAAAAUGCUUCUAAACUGUUGAAUUACGAGUAUACGAAUAACAGAACCAAGAAUAAUGGUCAUUACCAUCAAUAUAGUGAAUAUGGCCACUCAAUUAACAUGUUUGAUGACAACGACGAUAGCAAUAUUAUAGCCCAGAUGGAAUUUGAUUUAAUGUCUCAGCCGUCGCUGAUUAUGGGCGAUAAAUCCUCUGUUUUAAUCACUUUAGACAACAUUAUUGAGGCUAUUAAAAUUAAGGGAUUUGAAGGACAACGGCAUUUGGUCAAGUAUCUGGAGAGUUUCCUAGGUCUGUUGGCCAGAGAAUCUAAUAUCGAAGAGCUACAUUAUUAUCAAAAAUAUAUUAACACAAAAGUUAUUCAGUUGGUCCGAGACACCAGCCAUAGUAAAAAUAAUAGUAAAAAAAUUAUAAAUGCAAAAAUUGGCGGUAUUAUUGCCAUACAAUGUUUAAUAAGAUUCUAUUCAAAGAGUGAAGAUAUACCGAACUAUAUCCAUAAGCUAGUGGAAGCACUCUGGGGACUCCUUUCAUCUCCUAAUAUUGAAGUCGUUAAGUUGGUUACUCAGACUCUUGGUAGUCUCUCUAAAUCUGAUGGUCCACUAAUAUCAGAUUAUGUGGAGGAUGAAAUUAAGCUUGGUCUAGACUGGUUGAUUUCAUCUUCUGAGAAGAAACCUAUCUCCAAACAUGAUAACAGAAAACAUACUGCUAUUUUAAUUUUAUCUACAAUUGCAGCAAAUUCUCCAUAUUCAAUUUUCCCACAUAUUAAUCUCAUAUUGGACAAUAUAUGGAAAACUUUGAAGGACCCAAACAAAGAUUUAAGGAUAGAUUCUGCAAUCACUCUAAAACAAUGUCUUUUGAUCAUACAAAGGAGAGAUAAGACACUUUUCAAUCAGCAGGUAGCAUCCUUUCUUGGAGCGUGUUCAAAUGAAAUUAAUUCCAAUAACAUAGAUAUAAUACAUUCCUGUCUUUUGGUGUAUAAAGUUUUAAUAUCGCUAAACGAACACGAGAUUUUAGAUAAAACUUUUGAUGAGAUCUUUUCACUUUCAUGGAACUUUAAGGAUAAUAAAAUAGAUUAUAUUAGACUUGAGAGUUAUCAGUUAUUUACAUUAUUAUCUUCUUUUAAUUCAGAUCGGUUUACUAAAAACUAUCUUAAUCAAAUAAUGAUGAUGUAUCUAAAUAAAUUACAAAUGAUUAAUAAAUCUACUUCCUAUAUCGAUAAGAUUGACCAUCCAAUUUUAAUAAGAUCUGUAGGUGAUAUUGCAUUUCAUUUAAGAAAAGAAAUAGAUCCAUAUUUACCAUCUAUUAUAGAAAUUUUAAAUCAUGAUUUAAACAUGAAAUAUAAAAGUAGAAUAUUAUUUGAAAAGGAAAUUUUUUACUGUAUUGCCAGAUUAGUAGAGGGAACUCAGUCAGAAAUGAUGCUUUUUCUACAGAAUUGUUUGCUUGCAUCAAUGCUUAAAUGUCCUCUAACCGACUAUAUGCAAUUCACAUUACAAAUUAUAACAAGUAAAAUACCUGAUUUAGAAACUGCAAUUAGUGAUAAAUUAUUGAGUCUAAUAUCGUUAACUUUAUCUGGUAGUUCAUUUACAUUGCUAGGUUCCCCAGGAGAAAGACAGCCAUUUACUAUGCAAAGAGCAAGAGAAUGGAGGAAUGAAAAUGAAUUUCGUCAAAAAAAUAUUACAAAUAAUGACGAAAAUGAUAAAAAAAUGAUUAUACAGGCGUUAAGGAUGUUAUUAACAUUAGAUUACAAAUACCAAAUGACAGAUUUUGUCAGAGAAACAACAAUCAGCUACAUAGAACAUGAAAAUACACAGAUAAGAAAAUUGGCAGCUGUCACAUCCUGUCAUUUACUUAUUAAAGAUAAUAUUGGAAGGCAUACCUCAUUGAACUCUUUAAAUAUAGUAUCUGAAGUGUUAUCUAAGUUAUUGACCGUUGCAAUUACUGACAUAAAUCCUGAGGUUCGUUUAAAAAUAUUGGAAAAUUUAAACCAUACUUUUGAUCCACAUUUGUCUCAACCAGAAAAUUCGAAGUUAUUAUUUAUGCUUUUAGAAGAUGAAGUGUUCAUUAUUCGAGUAACUGCAUUAAAAGUUAUCGGUAGACUUACUACUGUUAAUCCUGCAUAUAUUGUCCCAGUUUUAAGAAAAACUCUCUUAGAAUUAUUAACAGAAUUAAAAUAUUUAAAAUUACCUAACCAAAAUGAAGAAUGCCUUACAAUGUUAUGUACUCUAAUAAGUUCUACUAGGGAGAUAACGAAACCCUACAUUGAACCAAUUUUAGAUAUAUUAUUAGAAAAAUUACAUGACUCGUCUUCUUCAGUGAUUUCAAGUGCGCUGAGAGUUAUCGGUGAACUUUCUGUCGUAGGUGGAGAGGAUAUGAACAAUUAUUUGGAUAAAUUAAUGCCUCCUAUUAUAAAAGCCUUUAAAGAUCAGUCGAAUACGUAUAAAAGAAGCGCUGCAUUACGUACUCUUCGUCAGUUAUCCUCUGCAUCUGGUUAUGUGAUAAAUCCUCUUUUAGAUCACACUGAAUUGCUUAGCAUUUUGAUUAACAUUCUGAAAUCAGAUUCUCCUCAGCACAUAAAACAAGAAACUGUGAGUCUUUUAGGUACUUUAGGUGCUUUAGACCCAUACAAAUAUCGUGAGAUUGAAGAGAUGCCAGAUGAUGCUACGACUUUAGAACAAAAUUCAAUUCCAAUUGAUAUAUCAUUGCUGAUACAAAAUAUUUCACCUUCAGUCGAAGAAUAUUAUUCAACCAUUGUUGUUAAUACUUUAUUAAAAAUUUUAAAAGAUAAUUCUUUGAGCGUUCAUCAUCCAACAGUUAUACAAGCCAUUGUAAAUUUAUUCCAAAUUCUAAAAUUAAAAUGUGUAUCGUUUUUAGGACAAAUUAUCCCUGCAAUUAUUAAUCUAAUGGAUGUGUGUCCAGACUCUCUAGUAGAGUAUUAUUUGCAACAAUUAGGUGUUCUAAUAACCAUUGUAAAACUACAUAUACGCCCUUAUGCAGAUAAAAUUUUUGACUGUAUUGAAUCACAUUUUUCAGAUAAUAAACUUCAACUAACCGUAGUAUCUGUAAUUACAUCAUUGGCUUCCUCUUUAAAAAAUGAAUUUAAGAGAUUUGUUCCUCCAGUUUUAACCUAUUUCAUGAAUAGUAUAAAUAAAGAUACAUCAAAGGAUAAAACUGUAACCGAUUCCAUAUUGACUUGCAUUGUUUUAUUAGGGGAUAACUUAAAUGAAUAUUUGUAUUUAAUUAUUCCUUCUAUUAUCAGAAUAGCAGAGGUAUCUCAUGGUCUGAUUAAAAAAUCGUCUAUUGUAACUUUAGGGAAACUAACCAAAAUUAACAAUAUAAAUACCAUGUCUGCUCGAAUCAUUCACACAUGUUGUAGAUUGCUAUAUUCCACAGAUCCAGAAGUUGUGCGUUUAACCAUGAAUUUAUUGUGCUUACUUUUACUACAACUAAAAAGUGAUUUUAUUGUGUUUAUCCCUUCUAUCAACAAAUUACUUAUUAACAAAAAUAUUCAACAUACUGUUUAUGACCAAUUAGUUAACAAGUUAUUAAGCAAUGAGAUCCUUCCAUCUGCCCAUAUACUAGGGUUAGAGUUGGAAGAAGAUAAAACAGAAGAACAAACAAAGAACCAACAGCCAGAAAAACUUACUGUAGAUCAAUCUCUUUUGAAAUCCAUGUGGAAUUGUUCUCAGCAAAGAACAAAGGAGGACUGGCAAGAAUGGUUAAAACGGUUGUCGAUCCAGUUGUUAAAGGAAUCGCCCUCUCAUGCUCUUAGAGUAUGUUCGUCUUUGGCUAGUGUAUAUUUACCAUUAGCAAAAGAGCUUUUUAAUGCAUCGUUUGCUAGUAUAUGGCCAGAAUUAUACACUCAAUACCAAGAAGAUUUUGUUCAAUCUUUAUGUUUGGCAUUAUCAUCACCACAGAAUCCACCUGAAAUACAUCAGAUGUUAUUAAACUUAGUUGAAUUCAUGGAACAUGAUGAUAAACCAUUACCAAUACCAUCUCAAACGUUAGGAGAAUAUGCAGAAAAAUGUCAUGCUUAUGCCAAAGCACUUCAUUUUAAAGAAGCCAAAUUUUUACAAGAACCAAUCGACAAUACAACGGUUGAAUCAUUAAUCAGUAUUAAUAACCAAAUUUACCAAAACGAUGCUGCUGUUGGUAUUCUUAAAUUUGCCCAACAACACUAUAAUUUACAAUUGCAAGAAACAUGGUAUGAAAAAUUACAAAGAUGGGAAGAUGCAAUGGAUGCAUAUUCAAAACGUAUCAAGGAAGGUGAUACUUCACCUUCUGUAGUACUUGGGCAUAUGAGGUCAUUAUAUGCGCUAAGUGAUUGGGAUAGUUUAGCCAAAUUUUCUUCAGAAAGAUGGGAUUCUGCAUCAGCAAGCUUACAAAAAAAGAUGGCACCGUUAGCAGCAAACGGAGCUUGGAGUUUGGCCCAGUGGGAUAAGUUAGAACAAUAUAUUAGUGUUAUGAAGGACAAAACCCCAGAUAAGGAAUUUUUCAGUGCUAUUCUUUGUAUACAUAAUGGAGAAUAUGACUUUGCAAACGAACAUAUAUACAAUGCAAGAGAUUUAUUGGUUACAGAAAUAUCAGCUUUAGUAAAUGAAAGUUACAACAGAGCAUAUAAUGUUAUAGUUAGAACACAACUUAUCACAGAAUUAGAGGAAGUAAUAGCAUAUAAAAAAUUACCGUCGCACUCGGAGAAACGUCUUAUUUACCAUAAUACGUGGAAUAAAAGAUUACUUGGUUGUCAAAAAAGUGUUGAUGUAUGGCAAAGGGCUUUAAAAGUUAGAUCAUUGGUCAUCACACCUAAGCAGGAUAUGCAUAUUUGGAUCAAAUUUGCUAAUCUUUGUCGAAAGUCAGGUAAAUUAAAUCUUGCUGAAGCUGCCUUGAGUAGGUUAUUAGAGGAUACAUCAGACAUAUCACCAUCGUUACCUGCAAAAGCACCACCACCAGUUGUGUACUCUCAGUUAAAAUAUUUAUGGGCUGCUGGUUCAAAGCAAGAAGCUUUAAAAUACUUGAUUGGAUUUACAUCUCGUAUGGUUCAUGAUCUAGGUUUGGAUCCAAGCAAUAUGAUAGCCCAAAAUGUGAGUCAAAACCAUUCACUAUCGGCUAAUAAUAUCGAAGAAUAUACUAAAUUAUUGGCAAGGUGUUUUUUAAAACAGGGUGAAUGGAGAAUUGCAUUGCAACCUAACUGGAGAGAUGAAAGUCCUGACGCCAUUUUAGGUUCCUAUUUAUUAGCUACUCAUUUUGAUAGUAAUUGGUAUAAAGCUUGGCACAAUUGGGCCCUUGUUAAUUUUGAAGUUAUAUCUGCAAUUUCAUCGGGUAGAAGAGUAAAUACUGUAAACACUGAUGAACAACCAAAAAUUAUAGAAGAUGUUGAAGAAAGAGUUAAUGAAGGUAGUAGUAUUUUAAAGAUAGAUGGGAAAGAAUAUUCUAUGGAAGUUAUCCAAAGACAUGUCAUACCUGCUAUAAAAGGGUUUUUUCAUUCUAUUGCAUUAUCAAAGACUAGUGCAUUACAAGAUACUUUAAGAUUGCUGACAUUGUGGUUUACAUUUGGGGGAACACCUGAAGCUUGUCAAGCUAUCUAUACCGGGUUCAACUUAAUUAAGAUUGAUACUUGGUUAGAGGUAUUACCACAGUUGAUAUCUCGGAUCCACCAGCCGGAUGAGUCUGUGAGCAGGUCUUUAUUAGCUUUAUUAUCUGAUUUGGGGAAGGCCCAUCCACAAGUAAUGGUAAAUCCUUUGAUUGUUGCAAUAAAAUCAGAAUCUGUUUCUAGGCAAAAAGCAGCAUUUUCUAUUAUUGAAAAGAUGAAAAUGCAUAGUACAAAACUUGUUGAGCAAGCAGAGCUUGUUAGUAAUGAAUUGAUACGUGUUGCUGUACUGUGGCAUGAAUUGUGGUAUGAGGGUUUAGAAGAUGCUAGUAGACAAUUUUUUGGGGAACACAACACAGAUAAGAUGUUUGCUACAUUAGAACCGCUUCAUGCAUUAUUAAAAAAGACACCAGAGACAAUGAGAGAGCUAUCAUUUCAAAAUUCUUUUGGACGUGAUUUAACAGAUGCCUAUGAAUGGGUAUUAAAUUUUCAAAGAACCAAAGACACCAGUAAUUUGAACCAAGCAUGGGAUAUUUAUUAUAAUGUUUUUAGGAGAAUAAGUAGACAACUACCUCAAUUGCAAACAUUAGAUCUUCGCCAUGUUUCCCCAAAAUUAUUGGAGGCAAGAGAUUUAGAGAUGGCUGUACCAGGUUCUUAUUCUGUUGGUAAACCAAUUAUAAGAAUAUCAUAUUUUGAUCCAGUAUUUUCAGUCAUAUCAUCAAAACAAAGGCCAAGAAAGUUUACAAUUCGUGGUAGUGAUGGUAAAGAUUAUCAAUAUGUGUUAAAGGGCCAUGAAGAUAUUAGACAAGACAGCUUGGUGAUGCAGUUGUUUGGUUUAGUAAAUACAUUACUAGAACAUGAUUCUGAAUGUUUUAAGAGACAUUUAGAUAUUCAGAAAUAUCCUGCUAUUCCAUUAUCUCCAAAAUCUGGUUUACUUGGAUGGGUUCCAAACAGUGAUACUUUCCAUGUCUUGAUUAGAGAUCAUAGAGAUUCUAACAAAGUUCCAUUGAACAUUGAACAUUGGGUGAUGUUACAAAUGGCUCCAGAUUAUGAUAAUUUAACUUUAUUGCAAAAGAUUGAAGUAUUUCAAUAUGCAAUGGAUAAUACGAAGGGACAAGAUCUGGCUCAGGUUCUAUGGUUGAAGAGUCGUUCUUCAGAAACAUGGCUGGAUAGAAGAACUGUAUAUUCAAGGUCACUAGCAGUGAUGUCUAUGGUUGGUUACAUAUUAGGGUUAGGGGAUCGUCACCCAAGUAAUUUAAUGUUGGAUCGUGUUACAGGAAAAGUUAUCCAUAUCGAUUUUGGUGAUUGUUUUGAAGCUGCUAUCUUGAGAGAGAAGUUUCCUGAAAAGGUGCCCUUUAGAUUGACAAGAAUGUUAAUUAAUGCAUUAGAAGUUAGUGGGAUAGAAGGUAAUUUUAGAAUCACUUGUGAAAAUGUUAUGAGAGUAUUAAGAAACAAUAAGGAGUCGUUAAUGGCGAUCUUAGAAGCUUUUGCAUUCGAUCCUUUAAUCCACUGGGGGUUUGAUUUCCCGACUGGUAAAAUUAUGGAAGAAACUGGAAUUACAUUACCAAUGGUCAAUCCGAAUGAAUUACUGAGAAAAGGUGUCAUAACUGUUGCUGAUGCGCAUAGAAUGGAGGAGGAACAAGAAUUAGAGUUAAGAAAUGCAAGGGCACUAUUAGUUUUGAAAAGGAUAACAGAUAAAUUAACAGGUAAUGAUAUUGUAAGAUAUGAAAACCUUGAUAUACCUGAACAAGUAGAUAAGUUGAUCAAGCAAGCUAUGUCUAUCGAAAAUUUAUGCCAGCAUUAUGUAGGUUGGUGUCCAUUCUGGUAA